AUGUCUUCGCUCAGUAGAGAACUUGUGUUUCUCAUACUUCAAUUUCUCGAGGAAGAGAAAUUCAAAGAGACUGUUCACAGAUUGGAGCAAGAGUCAGGAUUUUACUUUAACAUGAGGUAUUUUGAGGAAAUGGUGACAAAUGGAGAGUGGGAUGAAGUGGAGAAGUAUUUGUCAGGGUUUACGAAAGUUGAUGAUAAUAGAUAUUCAAUGAAGAUUUUCUUCGAGAUUCGGAAGCAAAAGUACCUUGAAGCUUUGGACAAGCGAGAUCGUGCAAAGGCAGUGGAAAUCUUAGUGAAGGACUUGAAAGUGUUUGCAGCAUUUAACGAAGAGCUUUUUAAAGAAAUUACGCAGCUACUAACAGAUAAUGAACAGCUAUCCAAAUAUGGAGAUACUAAGUCUGCUAGGGGUAUAAUGCUUGGUGAACUCAAAAAGUUGAUAGAGGCUAACCCUCUUUUCCGCGACAAGCUUCAGUUUCCUACUUUGAAGAAUUCAAGAUUGCGGACUUUAAUAAAUCAGAGUUUAAAUUGGCAACAUCAACUUUGUAAGAAUCCAAGGCCUAAUCCUGACAUAAAGACUUUAUUUGUUGACCACAGUUGUGGACAACCAAAUGGUGCGCGGGCCCCAUCUCCUGUCACUAAUUCCUUAAUGGGUGCUGUGCCUAAGGCUGGGGGUUUUCCUCCAAUAACUGGUCAUGGACCAUUUCAGCCCACACCUGCUAUUCCAUCUUCUCUUGCAGGAUGGAUGGCGAAUCCAUCUGCUGUCCCUCACCCAUCUGCUUCUGCUGGGCCCAUAGGUUUGGCUGCUCCUAAUAAUGCAGCAGCACUCCUAAAACGUCCUAGGACUCCCCCUACCAAUAACUCAGCUAUUGACUAUCAAACAGCUGAUUCUGAACAUGUUUUGAAGAGAUCAAGACCAUUUGGAUUAUCAGAUGAGGUCAAUAAUCUGCCAGUAAAUGUUCUGCCCAUUGCUUAUCCGAGCCAGAACCAUGGACAAAGCUCUUACUCUUCUGAUGAUUUGCCCAAGAAUCCUGUCAUGGCUUUAACUCAAAGUUCUGCUGCCAAGAGCAUGGAUUUCCAUCCAGUCCACCAAAUUCUACUUCUCGUUGGAACGAACAUGGGUGAUGUCAUGCUAUGGGAGUUGGGCAGCAGAGAAAUGGUUGCUCAGAGGAAUUUCAAGGUUUGGGACCUUAAUCAACGCUCAAGGGCUCUGCAGGCAUCUCUGUCCAAUGAUUAUGCAGCAUCUGUUAACCGUGUGGCGUGGAGUCCUGAUGGAAAUUUAUUUGGUGUUGCAUACUCCAAGCACAUUAUGCACGUAUACUCCUACCAUGGCGGUGAUGACAUAAGAAAUCACCUUGAGAUCGAUGCUCAUAAUGGGAAUGUCAAUGAUCUUGCUUUCUCUUACCCAAACAAACAACUUGCUGUUGUCACUUGUGGCGAUGACAGGACCAUCAGGGUUUGGGAUGCAGUUGUGGGGACUAGACUGUUCAAUUUUCAAGGUCAUGAUGCACCUGUAUAUUCUGUGUGCCCACAUCACAAGGAAAAUAUUCAGUUUAUCUUUUCAACGGCAACUGAUGGAAAGAUAAAGGCAUGGUUGUACGAUCACAUGGGUUCAAGAGUUGACUAUGAUGCUCCAGGGCAUUCGUCUACCACAAUGGCAUACAGUGCUGAUGGAACUAGGUUAUUCUCAUGUGGGACCAACAAAGAAGGAGAAUCACACUUGGUGGAGUGGAAUGAAAGCGAAGGAGCUGUGAAGCGUGCCUAUAAUGGUCUUGCAAAGCGUUCUGCUGGUGUUGUGAAGUUUGAUACCACUAAGAAUCGAUUCUUGGCAGCUGGGGAUGAGUUCACGAUCAAGUUUUGGGACAUGGAUAAUGUCAACAUAUUGACAAGUAUUGAUGCAGAGGGUGGAUUGCCGGCUUCUCCUUGUAUUAGAUUUAACAAGGAAGGAACACUAUUAGCUGUCGCAACAAAGGACAAUAGCAUCAAAAUUCUAGCAAAUUCAGAUGGGAUGAGGCUGCUCCGAACAGUGGAGAGUCGUACAUUUGAUGCUUCUAGAGCUGCUUCUGCUGCUGUUGUGAAGGGCCCCACAAUGGGCAAUUUUCCUCCUGCCAAUGCCACUGUUGGAACCAGCAUCGAUGAUCAAGCUGCUCCUGUAGCACCCAUGGUUGGAAUGGUAGGUGUUACCCGUCCUGCCAGAAGUAGUGACAGUCGAAGUUUAGUUGACGUGAAGCCUAAAAUUCAAGAUGAAUCGGUUGAAAAAUCUAGGAUCUGGAAAUUAACAGAAAUAAAUGAUUCAUCACAGUGCCGCUCCCUGAGGCUCCCUGAUAGCUUGACUGCCAUGAGGCUGAAGUUUUAUGCAUUUGAGAUUGUUUUGUAUGUGAUGUCGUUGAAGUUAAAAGACCUAUUAAUCUAUACAAAUUCAGGAGUAGCAAUCUUGGCAUUAGCAUCUAAUGCAGUGCACAAGCUUUGGAAGUGGCAGAGAAACGAUCGAAAUCUGGCUGGGAAGGCCACUGCCAAUGUACCGCCUCAAUUAUGGCAACCUUCCAGCGGAAUUUUGAUGACUAAUGAGAUUAGUGACACGAACCCUGAAGAUGCUGUUCCGUGCUUUGCACUUUCAAAGAAUGAUUCUUAUGUCAUGUCAGCUUCAGGAGGGAAAAUUUCUCUUUUCAAUAUGAUGACAUUUAAGACAAUGACAACAUUCAUGGCCACACCACCAGCUGCAACGUUUUUAGCAUUUCACCCUCAAGACAACAAUAUCAUUGCUAUUGGCAUGGAGGACUCUUCUAUACAAAUUUACAAUGUCAGGGUUGAUGAGGUUAAAACGAAGUUAAAAGGUCAUCAGAAAAGAAUUACAGGCCUCGCCUUCUCACACUCGCUAAAUGUCCUGGUGUCUUCCGGAGCUGACUCUCAGUUGUGUGUUUGGAGCACAGAUGCAUGGGAGAAGCAAACUAGUAAACUCUUGCAAAUUCCAAGUGGACGACCUGCACCUUCUCUUGCAGAUACUCGUGUUCAAUUUCACAUUGACCAGAUACAUUUGCUUGCAGUUCAUGAAACACAGAUAGCUAUAUAUGUAGCGCCGAAAUUGGAAUGCCUCAAGCCGUGGUUCCCUCCAGAAGCAAGUGGUCCAAUCACGCAUGCUACAUAUUCCUGUGAUAGCCAGUCUAUAUAUGUUAGCUUUGAAGAUGGAAGCGUGGGUGUUCUCACUGCUUCAACGCUCAGAUUGAGAUGCAGAAUCAAUUCUACUGCUUAUUUACCUCCCAAUCCAAGCUUAAGAGUAUAUCCUCUUGUCAUUGCUGCACAUCCCACCGAGCCCGAUCAAUUUGCAUUAGGACUGACAGAUGGUGGAGUUCAUGUGCUUGAGCCAUCGGACUCAGAAGGUAAAUGGGGGACCUCGCCUCCAGUUGAAAACGGUGCUGGCCCGAGUACAACUUCUGGUGCUGCUGGUCCUGAACAACCUCAAAGUCCCGCUCCCUGGGCCCACCACAAUGUGAUUUUCGAGGGGAAGCUGUGGAAAUUAGACUGUAAGAUCUCGAAUCUGCAAAUGGAGAUCAACAGCAAACCAGCCAAGGAAAAAGAAAGAGGAGGUGGUGAGAUGCUGGAAACUGUCAUGGCUUUAACUCAAGGUUCUGCUGCCAAUAGCAUGGAUUUCCAUCCAGUCCAACAAAUUCUACUUCUUGUUGGAACGAACAUGGGUGAUGUCAUGCUAUGGGAGUUGGGCAGCAGAGAAAGGGUUGCUUGGAAGAAUUUCAAGGCUUGGGACCUUAAUCAAUGCUCAAGGGCUCUGCAGGCAUCUCUGUCCAAUGAUUAUGCAGCAUCUGUUAACCGUGUGGCGUGGAGUCCUGAUGGAAAUUUAUUUGGUGUUGCAUACUCCAAGCACAUUAUGCACGUAUACUCCUACCAUGGCGGUGAUGACAUAAGAAAUCACCUUGAGAUCGAUGCUCAUAAUGGGAAUGUCAAUGAUCUUGCUUUCUCUUACCCAAACAAACAACUUGCUGUUGUCACUUGUGGCAAUGACAGGACCAUCAGGGUUUGGGAUGCAGUUGUGGGGACUAAACUGUUCAAUUUUCAAGGUCAUUUUGCACCUGUAUAUUCUGUGUGCCCACAUCACAAGGAAAAUAUUCAGUUUAUCUUUUCAACGGCAAUUGAUGGAAAGAUAAAGGCAUGGUUGUACGAUCACAUGGGUUCAAGAGUUGACUAUGAUGCUCCAGGGCAUUCGUCUACCACAAUGGCAUACAGUGCUGAUGGAACUAGGUUAUUCUCAUGUGGGACCAACAAAGUAGGAGAAUCACACUUGGUGGAGUGGAAUGAAAGCGAUGGAACUGUGAAGCGUGCCUAUAAUGGUCUUGCAAAGCGUUCUGCUGCGUUUAUUGAUGCAGAGGGUGGAUUGCCGGCUUCUCCUUGUAUUAGAUUUAACAAGGAUGGAACACUAUUAGCUGUCUCAACAAAUGACAAUAGCAUCAAAAUUCUAGCAAAUUCAGAUGGGAUGAGGCUGCUCCGAACAGUGGAGAGUCUUACAUUUGAUGCUUCUAGAGCUGCUUCUACUGCUGUUGUGAAGGGCCCCACAAUGGGCAAUUUUCCUCCUGCCAAUGCCACUGUUGGAACCAGCAUCGAUGAUCAAGCUGCUCCUGCAGCGCCCGUGGUUGGAAUGGUAGGUGUUACCCGUCCUGCCAGAGUAAUCUCAUUUAUGCUAUUAAUAGUGACAGUUCGAAGUUUAGUUGACGUGAAGCCUAAAAUUCAAGAUGAAUCGGUUGAAAAAUCUAGGAUCUGGAAAUUAACAGAAAUAAAUGAUUCAUCACAGUGCCGCUCCCUGAGGCUCCCUGAUAGCUUGACUGCCAUGAGGGUUUCUAGAUUAAUUUAUACAAAUUCAGGAGUAGCCAUCUUGGCAUUAGCAUCUAAUGCAGUGCACAAGCUUUGGAAGUGGCAGAGAAACGAUCGAAAUCUGGCUGGGAAGGUUUGUGCUUUGAAGCUACUUGAUUUUCCAUGUUGGAACGGAAUUUUGAUGACUAAUGAGAUUAGUGACACGAACCCUGAAGAUGCUGUUCCGUGCUUUGCACUUUCAAAGAAUAAUUCUUAUGUCAUGUCAGCUUCAGGAGGGAAAAUUUCUCUUUUCAAUAUGAUGACAUUUAAGCCAAUGACAACAUUCAUGGCCCCACCACCAGCUGCAACGUUUUUAGCAUUUCACCCUCAAGACAACAAUAUCAUUGCUAUUGGCAUGGAGGACUCUUCUAUACAAAUGUACAAUGUCAGGGUUGAUGAGGUUAAAACGAAGUUAAAAGGUCAUCAGAAAAGAAUUACAGGCCUCGCCUUCUCACACUCGCUAAAUGUCCUGGUGUCUUUUGGAGCUGACUCUCAGUUGUGUGUUUGGAGCACAGAUGCAUGGGAGAAGCAAACUAGUAAACUCUUGCAAAUUCCAAGUGGACGACCUGCACCCUCUCUUGCAGAUACUCGUGUUCAAUUUCACAUUGACCAGAUACAUUUGCUUGCAGUUCAUGAAACACAGAUAGCUAUAUAUGAAGUGCCGAAAUUGGAAUGCCGCAAGCUGGUUGGCUUUGUUUCUACAAAUACUACAUGGUUCCCUCCAGAAGCAAGUGGUCCAAUCACGCAUGCUACAUAUUCCUGUGAUAGCCAGUCUAUAUAUGUUAGCUUUGAAGAUGGAAGCGUGGGUGUUCUCACUGCUUCAACGCUCAGAUUGAGAUGCAGAAUCAAUUCUACUGCUUAUUUACCUCCCAAUCCAAGCUUAAGAGUAUAUCCUCUUGUCAUUGCUGCACAUCCCACCGAGCCCGAUCAAUUUGCAUUAGGACUGACAGAUGGUGGAGUUCAUGUGCUUGAGCCAUCGGACUCAGAAGGUAAAUGGGGGACCUCGCCUCCAGUUGAAAAUGGUGCUGGCCCCGAUCCCGCUCCCUGGGCCCACCACAAUGUGAUUUUCGAGGGGAAGCUGUGGAAAUUAGGUACUAUAGGUUUAGCAUACUUGCAAUCCAGUGUAAUCAUUUUGCUUCCCGAGGCAUGA